AUGUGGAAGCAAGGAGGAAACUGUGGAAGCAAGGAGGAAACUGUGGAAGCAAGGAGGAAACUGGAAGCAAGGAGGAAAAUGUGGAAGCAAAAAGGAAGAAAAUGUGGAAGCAAGGAGGAAAAUGUGGAAGCAAAAGAUCAUAUACACAGCUCAAAAAGAACAUCACAAGAUCAGAGGAGCUCGAAACAGAAUUCUCCGAUCGCAACACCUGGCGACACACAGUCCGGCAUCAAUAAAGUCGAGAUGAAGAGAAAAUUCAGAAGGGAAGAACGACAGCUGAGGAGUCAGCAGAAAAUACAGUCAGGUCCCAGUGCUAUCCACACUGACGAGUUCACAUGCGGCAGAUCCCGGCGAAUCUUCAAAGACUGGCCUACAAGAACGCAAGCUAAUUCAAGAAUUACAGAGACAGAGAAACAGAACAGAGAGAAAGAGACAGAGAUAGAGGCACUGAGAGACAGAUUGGCAGAGAUAGAGACAAACAAAGAGAUAGAAAAAGAGGCAGAAACACAGGGAAAGACAGAGAAACAAAGACAAAGAAACUUAGGGACAGGGAGGCAGAUUGGCAGAGAUAGAGACAAACGAAGAGACAGACAAAGAGGCAGAAACAUAGGGACAGACAGAGAGACAGAGACAAAGAAACUUAAGGACAUGGAGGCAGAUUGGCAGAGAUAG